AUGGCCCAAGAUCCUCGUGCCCUCCUGCAAAAAGCCGAUAAAGCCCUUUCUAGCGCCUCGGGUGGCUUCAGCUGGUUCGGUGGACGCUCAGAGAAAUAUGAAAACGCCGCCGAUCUGUAUACUCAGGCUGGAAAUGCCUUUCGAGUGCAGAAGAUGAAUAAGGAAGCCGGCCAAGCCUUCGAGAAAGCGGCCACCGUCCAGACUCAAAACCUCAACGAGCCCGAUGACGCUGCCAACACUCUCCAGGAAGCGUUCAAGGUCUACCGCAAAUCGGACCCGGAGGAUGCAGCCCGUGUGCUGACUAGUGCUAUUAAUCACUAUGUACUACGCGGAAACUUGCGCCGUGCCGCGACACAGCAGCAGUAUCUGGCAGAGCUGUACGAAGUCGAGCUCGGAGAUAUGAAGAAGGCUUUGGAGGCAUAUGAGAAGGCGGCGGAAUGGUUCGAGGGCGACAAUGCCGAGGCCCUUGCAAACAAGCACUUCCUGAAGGUGGCCGACCUGGCUGCCCUCGAAGAGGACUACUACAAGUCUAUCACGAACUAUGAGCGCAUCGCCCGCCAGUCCAUCACUAACAACCUCAUGAAAUGGUCUGUCAAAGACUACUUCUUGAAGGCAGGAAUCUGCCACCUCGCAACAAAGGAUCUGGUUGAGACUACGCGAGCUCUCGAGACGUACCGCGAGAUUGAUCCUGCCUUUGCCUCGACUCGGGAGCACCAACUUCUUGUCGACCUGCUUCAGGCUGUAGAGUCCGGUGAUCAGGAAGGCUUUGCUGACAAGCUCUUCCAGUAUGACCAGCUCAGUAAGCUGGACAAAUGGAAGACCACUGUUCUACUGCGGGUUAAGAACAACAUCGAAGAAGCAGAGGAAGACUUCUCGUAG